ACGACAGAGGAAGAAACAAGACAACAGUAUUCCUGCUUUAACCAGAUGAAGCUGUGAAGAAAAUAGAUCUGAGAGAGAAAGGAUGGAAACACAACAGAAAGAGUCCAUGAAACGUAUCCGCAGACAUAGUCAGAGUGUCCUUCAAGACCUGCACCUCAAAGUGUUCAAAGACGAAGUCAAAGAUCAGACUCGUUCUCGAGGUCGUAGGGGUGAGAGACCUCUGACUCCCACAUGGCGUAAUUCUCUGGAUAGCCUUUUCACACGUAAAGGCAGCCUCAUUCUGUUGGAUGGAAACAAUGCUGUGGAAAUUUACAAAACCAACAAGUCAAGCCAGCCAGGAAUCAGAGGACGGUUGAGUGACUUGUACCUUCCUGCUAUCACAGGAACGAUGUCAAACCUGCAGGCAGCAAGCGCCAAACUCAGUCACUCAUGUCCUUAUCUCAGCACUAGCAGACGCCGCGGCUCCACUUCCUCCAUAAACUCACAAAGAGCUCCUGACUUCAAGCAGAGUUACCUCAAAGCACAGAAGGAGUCCAAAAAGUCAAAUGUGAUUGUGACGAUGACAUACAUGGGGCAGGGGCUUCCUGGAAACACGCGGGAUGAGAUGAAAGUGCUUCAGCAGAUUUGUGGAGGGGAGAACAUCUGUGUGUUUAAAGGAUUUGUCCAACCAGGGGAGCAGAUUCAGUUCACAUCCCAGAGACAUCUGGGCUUCCCCUUCAGUGCUACUAUCUUUGUGAAUGGAAUCAUGGCAGCCAGGAUCAGUUCAUGCUGUGAAUACAGAUACACCCCUGGCUUUCAGCAAGGCCGCAGGAGCUGCUUUAGACUGACCCGUCUAAAUGGAGGGAAACCCUGCUACAAAUGUGUGAAUUCAAGGCAUGGUAUUGGCACCCCAGCAAUCGAUAGUCCAGCACCGACCUUAACAAAAACCAUCAAUUCUAAUGAUGGUGUUAUGGAUUUGUGCCCUUCUUCCCCUUUGUUCAUCCCUCUUGGAAUGGAAAGAUCUGUGCAUAAGGCCAGAAAGCACUCAAAAGAUGGCAGUGUUUUGUCAACUGAUAGUGAAGACAUGAAUGGCAGCGUGAAAGAAAGAAGACAUCACAAACGGCCUAAAAAAACACGUAGUCAGUGGGGAGAGGGCCAAGGUUUGGAGGAAUCGCAACCACAUAAAGAUGGAAAUGAACUCGAAGACAAACCACUUUCCAACACCAAAGAACAACUGCAAACAUCAGCAAAAGAAAAUAUGAAAGUGACCGAAAAUAAAAUUAAAGUGCCAGAUUCAUUGCAGGAAGGAAAAACUCUGACUAAGCGUGAUGGGGAGAAAACUAUGGAUCCUUCGAAGUUGAAUGGAAAAAGCAGGAACAGGGGAAGACUGAGGGACUUCUAUGAAGAAUGUGUUGAAAUGAGCACUGGUCUGGAAUCAGGCCUAGACCAACAGAGGUGGUUCAAAGUAAACAAGUUUGAGAGGAAUAAAAUCAAAGAGCAGCUCACUUCAGGACUCCCUGCCAAUGGCUCGGCAUCAGAGGUGGAGCUUAGUGAGGAAAGUGACAGCAGUGUCACAGAAGCAAGGAAACCUAAAAUCAAUAGCAAACAAGGUCCAGAGGAUGAGAAGCAGCAAGACUUACAAAAACAGAUGGAUGCCAUGACAGAGGUGUUGAACAAUUCUGAUGAAGUGGAGCAGCUAAUACUGAGAAACACAGGUCUGACUGAUGAACUGCUCAAGAGUUUGGCAACAGCUCUCAAGAGAAGCCCAUCCGAAGUCACGGUGAUUAACCUUAAUCUGAACCAAAUCGGACCCCCUGGAAUCACUGUUUUACUAGACCUUCUGCAAGCCAAACCACAGAUCAAAGAACUACUAUUGUUUGGAAACCAACUUGGCGAUCUUGGAGUGCAGACCCUGCUCAGUGGAUUGGCUGAACUUCAAAAUAAAGCUGCAGAGCUGCAUGGAAACUCUGACCAGAUCCACUUCUCUCCUGUUAGCAUUGUGAUCAAAGAGUUAGACAUAGGUGGAAAUGGCUUUGGCAGUGAUGGCCUGAGGGUGCUGGCCACAUUCAUGAGGUAUCAUUCCCACCUUCAGUAUCUGGGCCUGGCACAAACAUCAUGUUCAGACACGGAGGCUUGGACAGUCUUGUUUGAAAGCCUAAAAGUGAACACUUCACUGACACACAUCAUCUUAGAUGAAAGCAGCCUUGGGGAUAAUGGUAUCAAGCUGUUUUCUGAGGCACUGAGAUCAAAUAAGACUCUACGGAAGGUGGACUUAGAUAAUAAUGGUUUUGGUGAGGUUGGAGGACAUUAUCUCCUGGAGGCUCUGCGCUCUGGAGGAAAAUGUUCCCUUGAGCACCUCAGCCUGGAGGGGAACUACAUCAGUACCGCACUCAUGGCCAACAUACAGCAGGAGCUCAAAUCUAACAGACCAGCUGCUCUGUAAAUGGAGAUGCAUCAUCAAUUAAUUUCUGCUUUACGACUCAAACCGCUGGUGGGAUGUAAAUAAGACUGACAUUUUUAGCACAGGACAGAAGGGAGCAACUUUGUGGCCAGUGUGUGUGUGGUUUCCAAUAAUUAAAAAAAUUGCUUUAUUCAAUCAUCCAUCUACUUGGGAGUUUAAACAGUGUAGGCAAAACUUCAGAGAAAUAUUUGCUUGGGCUCUUGACCCGGUCUUUACGCCACAAGCCAACAGAUUCUCCCACUCACGUCUUUGAAGUUUGUGAAUUGUCCGUGCGUCUAAUGGAAGUAGAUAUGUUCAAUUUGGUUCUGAGUAAUAUAAGAGAGACAAUUUAUUGGAUGACAAGUAAAAUGAUCUGUACCAAGAGAGCAGAAAUAUAGUUCUAGAUAAGAAUCUGUCUUAAUGCUCCAGGCAUUAUUUAAAAAUUGUUGCAGUGGACUUCAAGUCUGUUAUAUCUAUUAGGUUAACAUCAUAAAAAUCUGACUUUUCUGUUGUCUCUGGUUCAAAAGAUAAGAACAGACCUCUAUAUCAAAAUGUUAUUUUCACACAUUAUGGGCUUCCAUCCUACCAAAUGAAAGAAUAAAAGUAUUUUUUAGGAAUUUAGUGCCUGACCACAAUCUCAAAAACUUUUCUCAUUACAUAGACCUGAUUGUAAAUGUUGUACUGUUUUUAUGCCUGAUGAUUUU